UUGAAAGCCAUCAUCCCAGCUGUUGGCCUACAUCUGCCUUUUACAUUCACAUCCUAAAGGUCACGUCUGAGGCCCUCCGGGCCAGCUUCUAGAGACACAGGGGUCAGCCAAGCCAGAGCGUGCCACCUUCCCACCAAACACACAGCCAGGACUUCAAAAUGACAGAGAAAUCGGAGCCCCUAAAGGACGUGACACCCACAGAGAGGAAGUCCAUGUGGAGGACCGCCGAGGAGAGGCGGAUGUCUGACCUCACGCGGGUGCUGGAGUGGCUGGAGCGGAGACAGGGGAAGAAAAGACUCAUUUUCCAGCAGAAACCCAAGGGGAUAGUGCUACCGAAAGUAAAUGGAAAGGAAGAAAAGAAAACCCAAAACAUCCAGAAACAGCAGAAAGGAAAACCCCAGGGGGCAUUCAUCAAGAAGCCCUCCAGUCACGUCGCCAAGAACGGGGACCCCAUCAUGUACCGAAGGCUCUACAGUAUAGACCCGAAGGGACCCCGCCUCAGCAUAAUUCCUGGCAACUACACCAAGGAUGGCCCCAGGAAAUCCGAAAUCAACAUCAAGGACGCCAUCGCCCUGGAGUCCACGCAGCGGCCCCUGUCCUACCGCCACCAAAGCAUCGCCGACUCCCUGCUGCAGGAGCCGUCAGCCUUCAGCGCUCGGAAGUCCACCCUCCUGAGAGACUGGGUAAUGAGCAGGACGUCCGACGUGUCCUACGAGCGCAAGCUGAGGAGCCUCAUGGAGAAGGGCGCGGAGCCCAAGGCCGAGGCGGUGAGGAUGCUGAAGCCCGAGGAGGUGCUGAGCUGCCGAUACCUGAGGUUGUCCAAGAACAACAUUCGAACCUUGCUCAAGCUGUGCAAGGAUGCAGGCAUGAAUGUGGACAUCCAUCCCCACAUGGUCGAAGGAGAGAUAGAUGCCAAAAAGGUGUUCGCCCCAAACCCCAGCAUAGCCCUCUAAGCAGCUCGUCUCCCCGGCCACCUCAGGGUCCCUCUGUGUUGGGCCCUCGCCCCCCACACAACAUCCUCUGGUAUGGCACACCAAGUCCUUCAAACCUGGUGCAUCCCUUUUAGAUGGUCGUGAUUAGCAAACAAGGCUAAACUGCAUGGAU